UAAACUUCAAGGGUAGCUGGGUAAGAGAGAGCAGCUGCCUGUGUCCAGGACUUCUCCAGGUGGCAGAAGCAGAAGACUGGGACUCUGCCCCACCCCCCAACCAGCACAGGUGCACAGAGGCCAGCUGGGUCUAUUCUGAAGCAGCAUGCAAGAUAACUCUGAGCAGCCACCACCCCUGUCCCAGCUGUUACGGGUGAGCUACGUGGCAGAGGCCCGAGCCCAGCAUCGCCACAGCGAGAUGAGUCGCUCUGACGCUUCUUCCUCUCGCCUCCAGAUUUAUGGCUCACUCAAAGGUAAAGGUGAGGAUGCUGUGGGCCACAAUGAUGCCCAUUUCCCAGACCUCUCAGCAUUCCUCAGCCAAGAGGAGUUGGAUAAGAGUGUGAACUUGGCCCGCCAGGCUAUUGGACAUGGGACCCGUGAGGAGAGAGGAGACAUUAAGGGCUCAGCGAAACCUGCAACCACACCCAACAGUGAUACCAUCAACCACCUCUCCUCAGCCUCAGUUUCUUUAUCCACACCUUCUGCGGUUCCUGCCUCGAACCACUUGCCUGCUUCUUUUGCUGCUCCUUCAGCUUCUUCCUCCACAACGGUCACAUCUGACAGAAAGAUGCACAACAGGCAGGACAACAUGAUGAGGAACAGUGUGGACUCCACUGGAGGAUUUAACGGCAGCAACAGUCCAGCAAAAAGCACCCCCUAUGGUCCGGAGACCCAGUCCAAGAAAGAGUUCCUCAAUAAGGCAGCGGACUUUAUUGAGGAGCUCUCCUCUCUUUUCAAGGCCAACAGUUCCAAAAGGGUCCGACCAAGAUCUUGCAAGGCCCACAGGAGCAGGAUCCAGAACAAAAGCCAAACUGAUAAUGCGGUUUAUCAGAUCAGCUCAGACAACAGGGAGCGCACCGUCAUGUCUCUGGAGGUGGAGCAGAAGAGACCCAGUCCAGCAGUGACCCACCAGUCUGUGGUCCAUCAGGAAUCGGGAAGCAGACAUUUGGAGUUUCAGGACUGCAGAGUUCCUGGAGAAGAGCAGUUUGAUUGUGUUUCUCAGGAAACAGGAGAUCUUUCUGAAAGUUUUGCACCAACAGAAAGUCCACAUCAAGCAGAGCUGGUGUGUGAGCCUCCCCAUUUCAUCCAGAAAUUGAGGAGCAGGGAGGUUCCUGAAGGUACCAAGGUCCAGCUAGACUGCAUUGUAAGGGGACAUCCUGUGCCUGAAGUCCGGUGGUUUUGUGAAGGAAAGGAGCUGGAAAACAGCCCCGACAUUCAGAUCACCACCAGCGGCGAGCUGCACUCUCUGAUCAUUGCAGAGGCAUUUGAGGAAGACACUGGUCGCUAUUCGUGCUUCGCCUCUAAUGUCUAUGGGACAGACUCCACGUCGGCUGAGAUCUAUGUUGAAGGUGCGUCCUCUUCAGACUCUGAGGGUGAACAGCGCUGUGAACAUGUAGUCCAGCUGCAGCGCAAACCACCAAAGUCAUCUCCAUCUUUACCAAAAUCAUCAAACCAAGCUCGACCUGCAAAGGAUGACAACUCGGCAGCAUCUCAGCCUGCGCCACCCACAGUCGAACCAGACGAGGAGCUUUCCUUAGAACUUAGCCAAACUGCUCCAGAAGCUCCUCUACCAGUCCGGACAUCUGCUACUAUAUUUCAAGUGCCGGAGCUCUCCAAAGUGUCCUUGGCUCCUCCUGCUGAGGAGGAGCAAAGAGUGUUACCUGUGCAGUUGUUUCCAACUUCAACAGGGAUAACCGAACUGACAGAAACUCAGGCGGUAUCAGCAGGUAUCCCAGUAAUUUUAGCGCAACAUCUGGAGCAGACAGCUGGAAGUACAACUACGACGCUGCCUUUAAACCCAGCAGUGUCAUCCAUCCUGUCAGCUGCAGCACAAACACCCCAAUCUCAGACUCCAGCCUUCAGCCAGCACUUUUCAGAAGAAAUAAACGGGCAACCUGUUAUGGCAGGCCCAGUAUUCACAAAGAGCCUACAGGACCUCAGUGCAUCAGAAGGCCAGCUGGUGGUGCUGGAGUGCCGGGUGAAAGGAGUCCCAUCUCCUCGGGUGGACUGGUACAGGGAAGGAAAAGUCAUAGAGGACUCUCCUGAUUUCAGAAUCCUACAGAAAAAAGAAAUAUGCACACUGGUCAUAGCUGAAGUUUUUCCCGAGGAUUCAGGGAUGUUUACCUGCACAGCCAGCAAUGAAUAUGGAACAGCAUCCAACGCUGCCACUCUGAGGGUCAAAGCCAAUGGCAGCAACAGCCCCCAUGUGAAGCCUUUCAGCGGUUUACUGUCAGAGUCCCGCCGAAGCCAAGAGUUCUCCCCAUCAGCUCCAGCUGCGAACUGCCAACCAGAGGUUGCAGUCAGCAGCAGCAUCAAGCCCCACGCCAGCACCAUUCGCCUUGAACCACUCGUUUCCAGCACGUUAUGCCUGGACCCAUUAAACACCAGCACCCUCCGUCUGGAACCCUCCAUCUCUGUCCACCAGGACCUGCAGGGAUCCAGUGGAGCACACACUGAUCUCCAGAGCCCCAGGCAGAUUUUCUCCAUUCAAAAACCGUUCACGGUUUCCCCUGCAGCGGUGAAUACAUCUGAGCAGAAAGGGUCUAGACCUUCAGACAGACAUGCCAAUGCUAAGGCAGCCCCAAACCCUCCGAACAGCAGCCCCAGUGUGGUCCCUCUGCCCGACCCUCCACCCAACUCCUGCCUGAAAACAGGCACCUUGACGAACCACAGAGACUUCCGCUCCAGCUCUAGAGUUGGCCUGCGCGUGCACUUCAAGCUCCCUGAGGAUGAGGAGGACGAACAAGAGGGCUCAUCCCACCACUCUGAUGAAGACCUCAGUCUGGGACCAUUCAGCAAAGACCCACCACCAGUGCUGACCAAACCUAAACUGGACCCGACUCAGCUUCAGCUUCUGCAUAACCAGGUCCUCAUGGAGCAGCAGCAAGAGAAUGAACCUCAGACAAAAUCCCACACUCAACCACAGUCCAAGCCCCCAUUCCAGAUCCAGGUCCCGCCUGAGGUCCAAAGUCCCCCUGAAGGUCCUCUGUGGUCUCCCAGAAUGCAACGCGAACCCCUGGAGCCAUCAUUUCAGUCACAUCCGAUUGCUCCCUCUGCACCUCCUCUGACCUCCACCACUCCUCCUGUUCCUUCAUUCAUCUCACCCUCAACACUUAUCACCACCUCCUGGACCCCUCCUUCUGUUCCUCACUUCAAAAUGUCCCCCCUGGUGACCAGCUUACCACCUGUAGGUCAGACAAACACCAUCCAUGCCUCCCAUCUGAACCUAUCCCCUGCAGCUCUGAGCAGAACAGCACCUAAACCCCAAUUCAGCUCCCCCUCUGCACCGAAGCUCAGCACAGUUCUAACAGAUUCAGCUUCGACCUUGCUGCAGAUUACAUCCCCAACUCCUCAACUCAGGAGCACCCACGCCUCCCUCAUGAACCUGACAGCCAUGCCCUUCAACUACACCCGGCCCAAAGAGUUCAUAGCAGCUCAGACCCUCUCACCCAUCAGGAGUCCUUCUCCAACAGAAUCACCGGUUCCUCUGCUCCAAGAGCUGGCUGCUGAGCUCAACUCUUCUGCAGCCAGCUCCCCUACCCCUCCACUAUUCUCCCCACCUCUCAGGUUCUCCCCCACAAGGGUUCUGAAGUCCCCCACCAGCCCUUCGUCCCUCGUGUCGUCACCCACCCCAGGGCAGGGGGCGUUCCUGAACAUCACGCCUGGCCUACGAGCCCAGUCCCCCCCUCAGGCCUCCUCUCCCACCUCCAGCACUUCCUCACCCAGUCCCAUUCAGAACCCGGUGGCCUUCCUCAGCUCCGUUCUGCCGUCACUGGCACCGAGUCAACCCACCAACUCAAUGGGCCUACCUAAAGGUGCUCCAUCAGGGGUUCAAAAGAAGGCCCCCAAGGCACGUCUGCCAUCAGUUGAGAACAUCCGUGAAAGCAAAGAGAUUCUGCUCCAGGACAUCGAGAAGAAACUUCGGUUUAAAAACGAUGCUCCACAAUGUGUAUAUCAGCAGAAGCUGAGUAAUAAUGGGAAAACAGCGAGCAGACUCCUUGGACCAAACACUGCUGCUACUGUCAUUAACUAUGAUGAGGAGUACAAAGUGUCCAAUUUCGAGCAACGAUUAAUGAGUGAAAUCGAGUUCCGCUUGGAGCGAACGCCGGUGGAGGAAUCGGACGAUGAGGUGCAGCACGAUGACAUCCCCACUGGAAAAUGCAUCGCACCAGUGUUGGACAAGAAGCUGAAGAACUACAAGGCCAUGGAGGGUGUGUCCGUUACUUUCACCUGUAAAAUUGUGGGCGUCCCACCUCCAAAGGUUUACUGGUUCAAGGAUGGCAAACAGAUCUUGAAGAAGAACAUUCAUUACCAGAAGAUAAGAGAAGGCGACGGGACCUGCUCCUUAUACAUCGAGUCCACCACCGGUGACGACGAUGGAAAUUACACGGUUAUGGCAGCCAACCCGCAGGGACGAAUCAGCUGCUCGGGACAUUUGAUUGUCCAAAGUGGACCUCCUCCAAGCCGGCUGACACCUAUUCAGUCUCAGAGGGUUCGCGCUCGCAUCCAGGAGGUUGAAGGAGAACAAACCCAGGAGCGUUUUUUCCGACCCCACUUCCUGCAGGCUCCGGGGGACAUGAUGGCUCACGAGGGCAGACUGUGCAGACUGGACUGCAAAGUUAGUGGGCUCCCCAACCCUGAGCUGAUGUGGCUGGUCAACGGGAGGCCCAUCUAUCCAGACCUUAACCAUAAGAUGUUGGUGCGGGAGAACGGCAUCCAUUCCCUGGUCAUCGACCCCCUGACACAGAAUGACGCCGGAACGUAUACAUGUAUCGCAAGCAACAAGGCAGGACAGAGCUCCUUUAGUCUGGAACUGAAAGUCGUUGAGAAAGAAAUGAAGCACCCUCCCCAGUUUGUGGAGAAGCUGCAGAACAUGGGUAUACCUGAGGGGGCCCCAGUGAGGCUGGAGUGCCGUGUGGCUGGUAUGCCACCUCCAGUCAUCUUCUGGAAGAAGGACAACGAGACCAUUUCAAAAACGAAGAGCAGAGUCAGUAUGACCCAGGACACUACAGGAUAUGUUUGCCUUCUCAUUCAUCCAACAGCAAAAGAUGAUGCUGGCUGGUACACCGUGUCAGCAAAAAAUGAUGCUGGAGUUGUAUCUUGCACCUGCAGACUUGAUAUCUAUGCACAGUGGCAUCAGAGUAUCCCAGCACCAAUGAGGAAAGCUCCACGAACGAGCAGCCGCUACGCCGCUCUGACAGACCAGGGGCUCGACAUUAAGUCGGCUUUUUUCACGUCAGACACCAGCCCCAUCCUGUUCGCCAGCUCCCCUCCCGAGGCAAACCUGGAGAGCGAGGAGCUGUGAACGCUCACCGUCGUGGGGAUCCUCGCGUUCUGUGACCCCCUGAGGUCAAAACACAAUGAGACUAACAAGAAAAGCAAUAACCAAGCAGAUUUUGUGUGAUACAUUUGAAGUGUUACAUUCAGAUUACAGCAGCAAUGAUGUAAUUUGUUAAAGCAAUCAGCACUAAUAGUGAGUUUUUCACCAUUCCUAUUUACUCAAGAUGUAUGAACAAAGUUUUACAUGCAGAAAAAAACA